AUGGGCUUCGAUGUGGACAGGUGCAUAGAGCUGCACAACCGCAUCGUCGCCCACGCCCGCUCGCACCUUCCUAACCACCAACCAAAAAUCCAACGCAGCUGGUUCGCCGCACACUCACUAGACCCUUCAUCUCCAGGUUUGGGUUUUGAAGCCGAUGAUGAACUCACAGCCUUCCUAUCAGGCAUCGACAUUGUCGUGCCCGAAGAGCAUCAGCACCUGGCCUUUAACCCCUUGCUUGUCGGUAUCCCACCGCCUUCCCGCCUGAUCCCCGACAUGUGGCUUGACAUGUUAGAAGAACACGAGGAUUACAUCUUGCUCUACAUGGGUACUGGAUAUGAUCCAGGUGGUCUUGUGUACAGUCAUUCGACGCAGCAAGUAUGCUACCUGGAUACCCCAUAUCUCGAACCAAGUGACCUCUAUUGGGGCGAUCUUCACAAUGUGCUGGAAAUUUACUGGAACUGUGUUGAGUCGGGCAAAUUCGUCAUCGAUGUAGAAUGCCCGGGCUUUGGUGAGAGAGAUAACCUUACUACGCAGGGAUGGAGGAUAGAGGAGUGGACGAACCUAGAACUGGAGGGCGCGCUGGAGGCGUGGCAUAGUUUAGUGGACACUAUCACUAAAAGGCUGCCGGGAACAAAAGGGACAGAGGACGACGGAGAGUCUCAACAGAAUGGGAGGGAAGAAGAGGCGGAUGCGUGUCUGAUCCCUUCCGAGAUCCUGGAGCAACAUCCUGCCAUCCCACCUUUCGCACGCGCAUUCCUCUCCCGAGCAAAAAAACCGACCUUUACUUCCAUCGCUCCGCAACUAGACGUUCCGAACGAAGCUUUUAUCCACCGUAUAGGGGCCAAAUUACAGGAACUGCAUCCCAACGCUUCUCUCACCACCCGGCAACAUGAAAUUGACCAUCUGCCCAACUUUCUCUUGUUCCCAUGGCGUACACGAGGCUUUCAAUUCGUUUUUCAGUCUGAUCGUGACCGAUGGCAGAACAAACCAGGACGUACCUACACCCUUGACAACCGCGCCGGUCUAUAUCUGACUCCCGAUGGGACACAUGCACACUCCGUCUCUCUAAUCCUCCCUUUUCCACUCGGAGCUCAUGGUCACGUUCGCAAAAAUGAUGGAACUACGGUGGCGCGAGACUGCCAAGGUCAAGCUGUUUUGUAUCAGCACGGGAUGUGUUUUCCUUUUUUGUCUGCUCAUGGGACGCCGUUGGCUGCUGUCCUCGCCAACUGGUGGGAACUGGUUGAGAACGAGGUAUGGCACGUUGAUGAGGAUGGGGUCGUCGGUGGGGAAGAUAUAUGGAAAGAAGCGGACACAGAAGAGAAUGCCGAUGAUUAUCAGACGAAUUGGAGCUGCUUUUGA